GUGGGGGACGGGUAGCUCCGGGUUCGGCACUGGCGUGGGCGGCAGAGCAGGGCACGGCAGGUGGCAUCUGCGGUGAUGGCCUCCAUUACCUGCAGCCCCGGCGUCUGCGACCUGCCGUCCCUGGCAUGGUUGGAAAGGCGCCUCUCUGGACCGCGGUCUUCAGCCUUGGGCCGCUUUCUACCCGAGGGUGACAGGAGGAGGCCUACAAACCCUGGGGUCUUGACUGUGUGGCCUUGAGCCAAUGCCUGCCCAUUUUAGGCCUCGGGAAACGACUGGACGUGACAGUGCCCUGCAGACUAGUUGGAGGUCUCAGGCAGGCCACACUGAACCCAUCAAGGUGUUCAACCUGUUUGAAAUGCUCGUUCCUCGGUGCUGUAAAGAAAUAGAACUUGAACUUAAAUUUAAUGUAUUUAGCAAGGUCAUUUUUACUUCCUGCAGAAAAGGUACACUUGCCAGCAGUUUUGCCAGGAGAGUGCACUGAAUAAAGGAGACAGGGUCAUUUAUAACGUGGCGCGUCCACCCUACUGCUGUGUCUGGUUUCCAUUGGCUGGAACGGGACCUCACAUUCUGUGUUUGUCCGGAUUGACUAGCAACUUAGAACUUUUUAGAAGAGGCAAAGGUAGAGGAGAACAAAGGAAGGAGGAAGUAACUUGUUGGAAUGCUGAGAAAGGCAGCUUGGAUUAAUUAGGAGAAAGUCAAUUGCUCCAGCAAAUGGAAAUCUAGGAAGAAGCAAAUCCAAGCAGUUGUUUGACUACUUAAUUGUCAUUGAUUUUGAAUCGACAUGCUGGAAUGAUGGGAAGCGCCACCAUAGCCAGGAAAUAAUUGAAUUUCCAGCAGUGUUGCUGAACACAUCAACUGGACAGAUUGAAUCUGAGUUCCAGGCUUAUGUUCAACCUCAGGAACAUCCAAUUCUUUCAGAAUUUUGCAUGGAAUUGACAGGCAUAAAGCAGGCUCAAGUUGAUGAAGGAGUCCCUCUGAAGAUUUGCUUAUCUCAGUUCUGUAAAUGGAUUCAUAAGAUUCAGCAACAGAAGAACAUUAUUUUUGCUACUGGGGUUUCAGAGCCUUCUACUUCUGAAGUAAAAUUAUGUGCAUUUGUUACUUGGUCAGACUGGGACUUGGGGGUUUGCCUGGAGUAUGAGUGUAAAAGAAAACAGCUGUUAAAACCUGUGUUUUUAAAUUCUUGGAUUGAUCUCAGAGCAACUUACAAGCUUUUCUAUAGGAGAAAACCAAAAGGACUAAGUGGUGCCUUGCAGGAAGUAGGAAUAGAAUUCUCAGGACGAGAACAUUCUGGGUUGGACGAUUCUCGGAAUACUGCCCUUCUUGCUUGGAAAAUGAUCAGAGAUGGUUGUGUAAUGAAAAUUACAAGAUCGUUGAACAAGGUUCCCACUAAGAAGAAUUCCAGCAUUCUGGCCAGAAAUUUGAAUAUAAAUCAAGUUGAAGAAAUGUCUGCCUGUACCAUUAGCAUCCAGGGUCCCAGCAUAUAUAAUAAUGAGCCUAAAAAUACAAUAAAUCCUCAUGAAAAAGUUCAAAUGAAGUCAAUUUGUGCAAAUUCUCCUAUAAAGGCACAACAGGAUCAAUUACAAGUAAAGAACAAUGUAAAAGCAAGUCUUCACAAUGUCAAAAGUUGCUUAUCUCUUUUUAAUACUAAGUCCUCUCCUUCUCUGGGGCAGUUGCAGUCUCCUACCUUGAAUUCACCUAUCUAUAUGCAAAAGCAAGGAAAAAAUGAACAUCUUGCAUUUAAUACCAAAUCUAAGUCUUCAACAGUUGGUUCCGAAUUGGUACUUGUUUCUACCACCAUUCCAACUGUUCAUCAUGUUUCUGAUUUGGAAAUGAGCUCUACUCUGGACUGUUUACCUAUGUUGGCUGAUUGGGAGGAUGUGGUUUUACUGCCAGCGUCUCGGCCUGAGAAAAACAUAGACUAUACAGUUCCCAUUAGUGACUCAGACUUAGAGAUUUCAUUUAAUUCUGGAGAAGGAUUAAUGGUUUUGAAAGAAUUGGAAAUGCCAAGUCAUGAAAACUUUGGAGACAUAGAGGAAACUCCUAAAAAAUCUGAGACUUCUAACUCUAUUGUGUACAAGAGUCCUCACACCACUAUUUAUAAUGUAAAAGAAGCCAAAGAUCCAGGUUCAGAUAUUUCUGCCUUUAAGUUACCUGAACACAAAUCAGGUACCUUCAACAGAGUUAAUGCCAAUAUGUCUCAUCCUUUAGUUUUGGGGAAACAUUCUUUUCUUUCAGGUGGUACCAAAAGGAAUCCAUGCAGUCCCCAAGCUUUCCCACCAGCAAAAAAACAACCCUUCACUAUUCAUGAAGAAAAGCCUACAUCAUCUGAUUGCUCCCCAGUAAGAAGUUCUUCCUGGAAGCAUCUCCCAUCUAUAUUAACUUCUACAGUUAACCUACAAGAGCCUUGGAAGAGUGGGAAAAUGACACCUCCCUUAUGCAAGUGUGGUCGAAGAUCUAAGAGACUUGUUGUUUCUAAUAAUGGACCAAACCACGGGAAAGUCUUCUAUUGUUGCCCUAUUGGGAAAUACCAAGAAAACAGAAAAUGUUGUGGUUAUUUCAAAUGGGAACAAACACUUCAAAAGGAAAGCAUGGUUCCAUCUCAUUCCACAGGGGGAGUCACAUUUAAUUCACCAGAAACGAGCCAUAUUUGUGACAGAAAUUUAAGUAUUUCCACCAAAACUUCUUUGAGACUCAGGCCUUCAAUGAGGAAUUGAUAACCUUUCAUGUAUGAAUCCUAAUUGUUCCUUGAAUUUUCAAACAUGAGUAUUCUGAUAACA